CCUUUCUCAGUCCCCCAAAACCCGGUCUCCACUCUCCGGCCUCCCAUUUCAAAGUCUCUUUCUCUCCCAUUCCUCCCUACGAAAGCCAGUGGUACUAUAUAUCAAAGUUUAAAUCAAUAUAUAGAACCAAUUAAGAUGACCAAAGGAGGCAAGCUGCAGACCAAGCUCAAGUCAGUUCUCAAGAAAUGGAACUCCUUCAGCAAGCAAAGCCGUCCCAUUGCCUCUGUUGGGGACGAUGCUUCUUCCAUCAUCUCUGGAGACCAUCUCCACCCCGUCUACGUCGGCAAGUCCCGGAGGCGCUACCUCGUUAGCUCGGACGUGGUCGACCACCCGCUCUUCAGAGAGCUCGUGGAUAGGUCUUCCAGUACUAGGGGCGACUCUGAAGACAGCACCAUCAACGUUGCCUGCGAGGUUGUUUUGUUUGAGCACUUGCUCUGGAUGCUCGUGAAUGCUGAUCCACAGCCUGAGUCUCUGGAUGAACUCGUCGAGUUUUAUGCUUGCUGAUGCUCGUGAAAUAUGCAUGGUAACUUAAUUGUGGUGAUGAUCACUAAAAUGACCAAAGAACAGCGUGGUAUAUAGAUGUAAGGUUGGGUACUGAUUCUCGAUCUCUAAUCAUCCGUACGGUUAUGAUAUAUUAUUUAGUUAUAGAUCGUGUAAACUUCUUAAUGGUUGAGAAGAAAUUGAAGGUAGAGAAGAGCGGCGGUGUUUGUGAUCGAUUGAAAGGUGAGGAUUAACCCUUCUGACUCUGCAGGCUAAUCUCUUGGCCUGGUGGGAAUAAUUAUUAUCAGUAGACAUGUCGUUGUUGUUUUAUUUGUACUUAUAAUAAGAUAAUGUGUAUUUCCUUGUUCUCCA